AUUUGUUCGUUGCAUUUCCGACCGGAAGACUUUGAGCAGCACGUUCACGUCAGCCGGAGUCUGGGUAAAAACAUGAAGUUCCCGCGUCUGAGGAAAGACGCUAUACCCUCACUUUCCUUGCACAAGGAGCCCACACCACAGCGGCAACGAAGCACGGUCACAAGUAAUGGAAGCUGCACGAGCGAAAGCCCACCCAUCCACCAAAGCAGUCCAACCAUGGUCACAAGUAAUGGAAGCUGCAUGGGCCCAACAACUGCCAUCGACCAAAGCUGCACAACCAUGGACACAAGCAAUGGAAGCUGCACGAGCCAGAGCAAAGCCAUCCACCAAACCAGCACAACCAUGGACACAAGCAAUGGAAGCUGCACGAGCGAAAGCCCACCCAUCAACCAAAGCAGCACAGCUAUGGACACAAGCAAUGGUAGCUGCACCAGCCAAAGCACAGCCAUCCACCAAAGCAGCACAACCAUGAUGCCACGAAAGGUGACAAGGACUCUGGCCAUACAAGUUCGAACCAAGUGUCGCUCAGUUUCUACACAGACGCGUCCUCAAACUCGGUCGGCAUACGUCCAAGUGAACACGGCUAUACGACAGGACCGUGCGGUGCAGACAGACAUAUCUGCCACAAGCGAUGCGUGGGAUCUUUUGGACAGGCUACAUGGAACCUCAUCCCCCAUCUCCGAACAAGUGCCACUGCCAUCAGAGUUUCUGAGCUCCAUACAUGUUGAAUGUGAAGGUCCAGCACCACCUGCCAGCUCGGAGCCUGCAGGCAUGUGUGAAAACGACGACACGUUUGGCGACUGUGGUGACUGCCCAGCUUCCCCAACCAGCCCACCUAGUUCGGAGCCACCGAGCAUGUGUCAAAAUGACGACCCCACCUAUGAUCCGAUCUACGACUCAACCCAUGAACCGUCGUAUGACAAAAUUUUUCAGAUGGAUGACGAAGAAACCGAACAAGGCCAUCCUCGGGGUGAAAACAAGUACAUUGUAUAUGAAAGUUGCCUCCUAGAGUGCUUUAGGCUCUGCAUGACAUGCUAUGCACCGUCCAAGCCAUCCCUCCAUCUGAGUGGAAGCUGCCUCACUGUGACAACCCUCUGCCCUAAGAACCACUCGCACACCUGGUCCAGCCAGCCAUACGUGGGACGGAAACCGGCUGGAAAUAUCGAUAUCGCAUCUGUCCUGCUGUUUUCCGGCUCUAGCCCUGCACCAGCUCUCAGAAUGAUGCGCCUCAUGAAUAUUAGGGUCAUCUCAGAACGAAGAUUCCACGAUUAUCAACAAGCUUACCUCCUCCCUGCUGUGCAAACGGUUUGGGAUAGGCAACGAGACGAGGAUUUGACAGCCCUUGCGGGAGAGCCCGUGGAUCUGUCAGGAGAUGGACGAUGUGAUUCUCCGGGACACAGUGCGAAGUACAUGACAUACAGUUUCUACUCGCAUCGAUUGGGCAAGAUUGUCCACACCGAACUGGUUCAAGUCAAGGAAUGUCCCGAAGUAAGUGCAAGCAGCAACAUGGAAAAAGAAGGCUGCGCACGAGGAAUUUCUUUCUUGAAAUCGAGGAACGUCCUGAUUCGCUCGUUCACGACUGACAGGCACUCGAGCAUAAAGGCCUACAUGAGAAUACACCAGCCCGCAAUCCUGCAUCUGUUUGACGUGUGGCACGCUGUGAAAGGGAUCAGGAAGAAGUUGGCUGCAGGCAGCAAAUGUGCAGGUUGCAAGGACCUAGCACCCUGGGUGAGCCCCGUGUGCAACCACUUGUGGUGGUGCGCAACUGCUAGCGGUGGCAAUGGUGAAUUGCUUGCCGCAGCAUGGUCGAGUGUCACAAACCAUGUCUGCAAUAUCCACACGGGCCAUGGUCCGCUCUACCCACGGUGCCUACACAAGGACGUUGGAGACAAACAGUGGAUUGUGCCUGGUUCACCCGCCCACACGAAACUGAAGGCCAUCGCAAAUGCACCUUUGUUUGCAAAAGAUGUGAAGCAGCUGUCUCCUAAUGCACAAACAUAUGGAUUGGAAUCAUUCCAUAACGUGCUGAAUGGAUUUGCACCCAAAUCGACAGCAUUCUCGUAUGAAGGCAUGGCUGCACGAACAAUGAUCGCCAUACUCCACUUUAACGAAAACAGUAGCCGCCUGCAAGCUGUCACGAACGAAGGGCAAGAGCAAUGGCACAUCAAAUCGCCAAAAGCCCAAAAAGGUGCAACCACUGUGUACCCCCGGAUGACCCCCGUGACUUUUGAGUAUGUGGACCGGCUACAUGAGGAAGUCCUGGAACGGUGCAAGACAUAUCCUACUUUCAAAGAGGCACUGACCGAAAAGUCUCCAAAAGUUCCUCCGGCCUUUGUGAGCCCAGUACCAAGGCCAUCGAAGGAAGAACUGGUAUCUGCGCACAGAAGAAGGUUCGCCAAGCCGUCCCUUGAGGGAGACGGCUAGACAAGGAUGAACAUGUCUCUGAGUGUUUAUGUAGAGUGCGGUUUGGACAAAAGUGGAGCUUUCUGCCAAGCCAUGAAAAUCGUCUACAUGGAGCAAUGAGCACUCUUUUCCAAUGUUCGUUCAGCCAAUAAAUUUAUUCAUUCAUACA